GAAACCGAACCGCGACGGCUACGGGAAGGGCAGGACCUCCGCCUGGCCUUUGCCUCUCGGCGCUCCCGUCACUUCUCGCGAGACGAGGGCGGCCGCUACUUGCCGGCCUGGGUUUCCCUCAGCGUUCCGGGUGGUGUCCGGGCUCAGCGGUUUGUUUGUUUCUCUCCCUCCCUCCGGCUCUCUGCUCUUCCCCCUCCCUCCCCGCGAGCGAGGCCCGGCGUCCUUCGGAUCAGGUGACGCAGAGGUAGGGUGAAAGAGAGAAGGAGGGCGCGAGGGGAGGAUUGACGUCUUUCGCCCACGUGACAGCGCGCGCCUACUGGUGUUCUCCGAGGCGGCCGUCUCGCUUCGCUUUCGAGGCUCGGAGCUCCGCGGCGCCCACGGAUCCCCCCCCCUCCCUCGCUCGUCUCCAUCGACCUGUCAUGGCGGCUCGGAGUGGCCGGGGGCUGCUGCUGCUGACGGCUGUUCUGCUGGGUUUUUUACAAGCAUCUUCAACAUUUGAAGUUAAAGAAGGUGGUAAAGUCUGCAUAUUAGCUUAUUUCUCUGUAGAAUUCACAGUUGAAUAUGACACAAAGAGUCAAAAACAGAAUGCCACCAUUGUACUUCCACAUAAUGCUACAGUACUGAACAGCAGCAGCUGCGGUGUCAAAGAGAAAGAGAAAAUUCCAGUACUUGCACUUGGAUUUGGCAACGGACAUUCAUUAACCUUGGACUUUGACAAGAAUGCAGUUUCCUACAGUGUCAGAAAUCUGACACUGAGAUACAACAUGUCAGAUGCUAUUUUCCCUGAUUCAACAGAAAAAGGAAUGCAAGAAGCAACUUCAGAUCCCAAUAUGCAUGCAGUCUUGAAUACGACGUACACAUGCGUACACAGCCACAGGAUAACGAUGACAAACGUGACUGUUCUUUUCCAGAAUGUUACAAUUGAAGCGUACCUUGCAAGUAACAACUUCAGUCAUAAUUAUACCUUCUGUAAGGAAGAUCAAACACCCAUAACUCCUGCCACCCCUACAACCAGCCAUGUAACUACAACUACUAGUCAUGCGCCACCCACACCCUCUAAAAACCCAGAUAAGGGACAAUAUAAUGUGACUGGUCCACAUGGUACCUGUCUGCUUGCUUCAAUGGGUCUGCAACUGAAUGUUACUUAUGGUACAAAAAGUAAGACUAAAUCGGAUGUGUUGUUGAAUGUUCCAUUAAAUACUACUUACGCCGGGAUCUGUGAGAAUACCUCGGUUACACUGAACUUGUUUCUUGGGAGUGACAAGCUGGUUUUCCAUUUUGUGCAGAAUGCAAGUAUCGAGAAGUACUUUCUGCAAGGCAUCGACAUAAAUAUCACUCUUCCUUCUGAAGCUGAAGAAAUGAGGUAUAAUGUAACCAACAACAGCCUGAGUGAACUAAAAGCUACCGUUGGAAGAUCUUUCAAGUGUGUUGCAGAGGAGACUAUCUGGGUCUCAGACAGAGCUUCUGUGAAUGUGUUUGAUGUUCAAAUUCAGGCUUUCAAGUUUGAAGGAGACAAAUUUGGAGCAGUGGAAGAAUGUCAGCUGGAUGAAAACAACAUGCUGAUCCCCAUCAUAGUUGGUGCAGCUCUUGCUGGACUUGUCCUCAUAGUGUUGAUUGCAUAUUUAAUUGGCAGAAAACGUAGCCAUGCCGGCUAUCAAACAAUUUAAUGAUUUGCACUUAAUGAAACCAGUGUGGAAGAACAGCAGUUGCAAGAAGCAGAGACACCUUGUUUCUCCCUCUUCCCCCCCCUUCAAAAAACCAGAUUGACAUGAGGGAGCACAAUCUCUUCCUUGCCGACUGCUUCUUGCAGUGUCUGCUUUACUAAAUGUGAAAUCCAUCUUGUGGCAUUUAACUAUGCACCAAGGAUAACUUCUAUAAUUCUGUUUAAUUUUGCUAAUGGGUUAAAUAUUUACCCACCUAGAAACAGGCUGAAGUUUAAGAAUGCUCUUCUGAAUUGGCAUGGUUUUUAAUGUCAACUACUUAAAUGGGUGUGAUGUAGUUUUCACAUUCGUUCACUUAAAUUCAGAUUAAUUAUAUCUAACAAAGGGAAACUUCCACUUUCUGGUACUACCAUCCUGUGCUGAAUUUAGUUGCUGCACUUCUGCAGUUAAAUGUAAUGACUGACCAAUCAAACUUAAAAUUAUUCCCACUUUGUCUCUACCUGGAUGUAUAUCAUUCAUAAGCUUUAAAUGCUAAGCCUGGUAUAUGCAAGGUGUGAAGAUAAAUUGGCCAACUCCAAGGUAUUUUGAUCUGUCAGCUUCAUAGGAGCUGGCCCUUUUUUACAUAAAAUGGGUGUUACUUUAUUUUUUGUAAGUGAAUUUCAGUCUUUUCUGUUGAAAGUUCAAAGAUCCUCCUCCUGCACAUGUGUACAAUAGACUUUCAAUCUUGCUAAUUCUUGCUUUGACCUUGGCUGGGAUUGUACACUACAAGGAUCAGUUAUGGAUGCAUUGCCUGUAACAAUGCUAAUAAAGACUUUUCUGUACA